AUGGGGGCCGUGCUUUCCAGACAGUUCAGGGAGGGCCCCGGGGCCCGGGCCUCGCGGCGGCUGCGGCGGCUCUGCAGCAGCGGCUACUGGCUGGGGUCCAACUUGGCCUGGAUGGCAGUGACUGCGGCCAUUUGUUUGGUGGCUCCUGUUAUAUUUUAUUACGAGCGAGAGUGCCAGAUGUUCGAAGUGCAGCAGCAGUUCAUGGAGGCGCAGCAAGCUGCAGCGCAUGCGCAGCAGCUGCAGCAGCUGCAGCAGCUGCAGGCCGCCUAG